CCCAAAUGUGACUUGUCCCAUGAUUCAGAUUGGAAUAGGUCAAGGUUAUGCCUGUUUUUUCUCUUCCUCUGCGCACCCCAGUCUAUCACAACUCAAAAUAACCAGCCAUGUCUGAUAAAUACGCCAUUGAUCUUAGUGUGAAGCCUGGCGAUGACUUGCAAGAUGAGGAAAUGUCUGAUGUCCAGGAGAUUACCAUCAAAAGGAAAGGGCGUGGCUUUCAGAGUGGAGAUCAGCGAGGUGAUGGUGUGCAUGGCAGCUCAUUCGAGAAGUUAAAUUCAAAUGAUGAUAAUGCCACUGGGAAGGCCGUGAAAUCUGUUGAGGGUUGGAUCGUCUUGAUCACAGGGGUACAUGAGGAAGCAACAGAAGAAGAUAUCCAAGACAAGUUUGGGGAGUUUGGGGAGAUUCAAAAUAUUCAUUUGAACCUGGAUCGUCGCACAGGAUUCGUAAAGGGAUAUGCACUGAUUGAAUACGAAAAGUUCUCAGAGGCAGAGGCAGCAAUUCAAGCCAUGAAUGGAGAGAAACUGUUAGACCAAACAUUGACUUGCGACUUUGCAUUUGUGAAACCAAACGAUGAUAGAGGACGCAAAGGAUUUACAACACGUAGCAGAGGUGGAUAUAACAGCCGUCGCUCUGGUCGUUCUAGCAGCCCAGGGCGUCGCUGAGAAGUAUUAAUUAUAAAUGAAUUAAACCAGCGAGA